AUGAGGCCGCAUGAGGAGACCGAGCUGGCUCAGGAGGACCUGAAAGCGUUUGAGGCAGCUGCCUUCGAGUCCCAGAAGGUUCCGGAGGCACAGCGUCGAGCCUCCGCCGUCCGUUUGCUGAGAUCGGCCCUCUGCCUUGCCACCAGGGAGAUGUCUCGGGUCGGAUCGGCAGCUGUUCUGUUCACCAAUUUGCACCAUGCUUCAAAGUGUGAGGGCACCGUGCGCGAUCCCAGACCUGACGGCUUCCGCCUUGGUGGCUGGCUACAAGUUGAUCGCUAUGGUGUGCCACAAUACGCUGGAGACCCGGAAUGCUUUGAGGAGUAUGUGGAAAGGGCGUGGGACCUCUACCACAGCCGCUCCGGGUCGGAUCAGACACAGCUAGCAACAGCUGUGCACCUCCGCUCCGGUCUAACAGGUUCGGCCUAUGAAGCGGUACGUUUGCUGAAGCACACCGACCUGAUGACCGAAGACGCCCAAAAGAAGCCGACCGCCAAGGGAACACAACUUCUGUUCGACACUCUCAAGGAGGCGAUCGCGGCCGAGCAGCCCGUGAAGAUCAAUGAGUUGUUCCUGAACUGCUUUUACAGCCCGGCCGUGUGGCGUCGCCCGGCUGAGAACAUGCAGCAGUACAUCGUGCGGCGGGAGCAGGACUUCAAGAGGCUAGAAGAUGUGAUAGCCGGCGGCUCCUUCCCUGAGAACAUAAGGGCUAUGAUGUUACUCCUGUUCGGCGGCUUGGACCACCGUGAGCAGAACAAUGUGCUGGCCUCGGUGGGGAACACCUACGACUUCAAGAAGAUCGCCCACGCGAUGCGGAUGCAGUACCCCCAGGCCAGUGGCAAGCCCGUUGUGAGAAGGGACCUCCUCGGCUGCUCCAGGUCUGCGCCGUCUCUCGGGACCUACCCACGGCCACCGAAGGGCUAUGGAAAGGGGCGCCGUUCUACCGUGCUGGUGGCCGAGACCACCGAGGAGGAGCAGCUCGAGGCCGUGCAGUUCCUCAAGUCGGUCACUCCCUGCACGGCGUGUGGCCAGAAAGGUGCCAAGGGCAAGCGCAGGCCAGCACCGAAACGCCCGGCCGGCAAGACGACCUACUUUGUGCUGCACCCGGACCUUGAGGAGAACGACCAGGUUGCCCAGGCCCUCUACGUCAGUCCCGGGACAGCACGAGCGGCACGGACCAGGGACCGUGUCCGGUUCUCCAACUUGGCUGAGCACCAGGGCCCCGCAACGGAGCACGAGGUCUACGUGAACCUUCGGACGAACCUCUGCGAGCAUGCCUCCUCGAGGGGCGGAAUUACCGUCCGGCUGCCAACAGUGCGUGCCGAGGCCCUGUCGGAGAGAGAAGCCGCGGCACUGGAGCGGACCAGGCAGUAUGACGAGGAGGCCCGCGCACAACGCACCACCGGUGGCGAGGAUAGUGCGGCCAGAGCUCCAGCCCGUCCGCUUCCCGAGCUCGCUGCCGAGGACCAGGAUAUACUUAUGCCUCUCCCGACUGAGGUCGAGGUCGGAGACCGCCUGGUACUGUUCUCAGAUAAUGUGCUGCGCGACACCAUGGUUCAUAUGCACGGCGCGGCAGACCCACGAGAAGGCCAAAAGCGAGGCCUCUUGCCGGGUGACAUGGUGACUAAGCGGACCGGAAGAGUCCCCGUGUGCAUGGACCCUACGCGCCCUGAUGCCGUGACUGUGCAAGACUGUGAGGUGAUGGUGCAGGACGUCGUCAGCGAGUCCUCCGAGCCCGAAGGAGAGACGAGCCCUACCGCAUGGGUCCCAGAAUCCUUUGCAACUGCUCCCGAAAAUCCACCUCGGCUCGCAAAUCUGGACUCCGGCUGCACCCGGACCAUGCACGGCAGCGUGUGGGCCCAGACCUUCGAGGAGCGCCUUCGUGAACUUGGGCUCGCGGUGCACACGGUUGAGAAAACACAGCGCUUCCGAGGCGUUGGUGGCAUGUCCCAGAGCACCGUGACCAAGAUCUUUCCUACAGGGAUGCAGGGCGUGCGCGGUGACCUCUACAGUGCGGAAGUGGAGGGUAAUCUCCCUCUUCUCUUGUCGAGGCCCUUCAUGCAUGAGCUGGGCGCUGUGCUAGACCUUGGUGCCAACACUGUCUCCUUCAACGGCCUCGGCAUGACUAACUUGCCUUUGGUGAAAACAGCCAAGGGGCACAUCGCGGUGAACCUUCUUGACUUCGACCAGGACAAGCUUGACGAGUUCGGCGACGGCCCCCCCGACUUCGGCCACGUCCAUGCCAUCUUUCACAAAACCAGUGGAGUGCAAAUCUACACCCAGCCGCAUCAGACCACGCCUCUUCAGAUCAACUGGAGGUUUUCUAUUUCUGUGCAGGCGGAUGCAUUUCCAGCAAAGGCUGCUGCUAAGCACAAGGUACUGGCCCCCUUUCAGAGUCUUCAAUUCGUGCCUGGCUGGGUUUUGCCGGAGCCUUGUCGGGGCUGUGUGCAUCAUGCGCUGACUGCUUGCAGUUCAGACUCCGAUGUGGAGCAGUUUCCAGCAUCCGCCGAGACGGAGAGGGGCGAACUCAACGACUGGAUGCGCGAGACCCGGGCCGAGGCCGAGGAGCACGAAGCAGGCCAAUGGAAACCAGAGGGUGACGUGUCCGAGGAAUUUGGCUACUUUUCCUCGACCGUGAACGGGGACAGGCAAGUGCUACGCCGAGCUUCCUCCAAGAAGGGCAAGAAGCUCAUGAGUAUGUCUGCCAGCGUGGAUGCACGCGACACCCUGAACAAGCACGUCUUGAGUGGAAGGAGCCAGCCCAACCACAAGCCACCAUACAGCAAGGUGUGGAUGAAGCAGGCAACGACCUCUGAAGGAAGACGGCAGCUUCACCGGGACCUUCGCACCGAGGACCCUUACCUCCUGGUGAUCACUCCGCCGUGCCUCACCGACAACUCUUGGGACAUUUGGCACUUGACUGGAGCCCGACCUGCUGCACUCACCCCCGCCAAGCUCAACGAGGUGCAGGCCAAGGUCCUUGAGUUGGUCAACAAGCUGGUCAAGGAACGUGUUGAGGCACGGCGCCACGUGCUACUGGAGCUGCCGAACAACAACUGGAGAGAAGACCCUGCUAUGAAUGAUGUUGUGGCCAUGUUGUCCGCCGGUGAGCUUGAGCUGCUGCCUCGCACAAGGACCUCCCUGCUAACGUCUAAGUCUAUGGUGACUGCAGCGAGCGUGUUUGGCAACGGGACCGCCGACCCCGACUUUGACAAGGUGACCUGCGACACUAUGGUUCAGCAGGCCACUGUGGAGCAGCACGUUUUCGAAGGUGUCUCCGACGCCUUCCCUGCAGAAGUACCUCCAGAAACCACACAAGGAGGGCAGAAGCGGCACCUCCUGUUUACCUUCGGGCUGCGGCUGCGAGCAGAGGGCGACGACCGGGCACUUGGUGAGCUUGUUGGUCUGGACCCGGCAGAGCCCGACGAUGCCGGAGAUAGGACGAGACAGGCCGAGCAACUGGAGCCAGAGCUUUCCCUCACAGAGGCAGAACGGCGCCGCAGUUGGUUGGAUGUGGAACCUCGCCUCCGCAAGGUGCUUCGCGACCUUCACGUUCAGUUCGGCCACCCGACCAAUGUGACCCUACAACGGAUACUUCGCAGACAAGGGGCCAAGCUCGAGGCCAUCAAGGGUGCCGAGUAUUUGGCUUGUGACGCUUGUGGUGAGUCGAUAAGGAGGAGAAGGCCAAAGCCCGUCCGACUACCGGGGAAAUACGAGUUUAACUACCACCUCUCCCUUGACGUCUUCUACGCAAAGGACGCGGCCACGACGCUCUUCGCCUUUCUGAACAUAGUCUGCGAGGCCACGGGCUUUCAGGUGGUUUCGUGCUUGGGACAAUCACAGGGCCCUCCUUCAACCAAGGCUGUUCUGAGGCACUUCCUUGCCUCAUGGAGCUCCUGGGCGGGCCUGCCUUCCUCAGUUCAAGUGGACCGUGGAAAAAAGUACCUUGCUGCCUUUGCCGACUACCUCAAGCAGUACGGCGUGGAGCAGGAGACGAUGCUCUUGGAAGCUCCCUGGAAGCAAGGCCGUGUGGAGAAGGCCGGCGGCCUUUGGAAGGAAGUCUUCAAGAAGGCGGUUCACGAGAUGCAGCUUGUGGGGCUCGAUGAUGUGAUCCUGGCCACUACCAUAGUGACUCAGUGUCGCAACUCCUUCCCGCGAUCGUCUGGGUAUGCCCCGAACCAGUGGGGCUUGGCCGGCGGCACGCGUCGCACAGGUGAGGAUGGACACCGAUGGCCGAGUGAGGCGCUCUUCUUCACCAGUCGACCCCGACGCGUGGCCCCUUUCCUGUCGGCUCCUACGUGUACUUUUGCCGUGCUCAAGCUCCUCCUGGCGCUUCUCGACUUUACCGUUGGCACGGACCCAGAACUGCCAACGGAUGGUGGACAGCCGCAUUCCUAUUGGUUGCGCUAUGGUGCUGCUGUUGUCUCGGUGACGGGCGAGCAGCUUCGCUUUGCCUCAGAGGACGAGCUUCUGGCGGCACACACGAUACCUCAGGAGGCGCAACAGUUCCUCGAGAUUCCCAGCAAGACUAAAGGCGCAACAGUUCAUCGAGAUUCCGAGCAAGACCAAAGGCCGUCUGUCCAUGAACCUGAACCACAGCCCAUAGCCACGACUCCUUCGAUUAUUCCGGCUGCACCAGUCCCAGUGAUACCCUCAGCUCCUGUCUUUGGCGAGCCUCAGAUUCCUAUUCUUGCGCCUUCACCGAGCGGGGCACCUAUGACCAUGGGCUAUGCACCAGUUCGACCCGAAAGGAGCCAAGCUGAGAGACCCUACUUUUCAGAGGGUGUGCCUUUCGAGUGGUAUUGCCCGACCUUGCCCGAGCAUGUGCGUGAAUAUAACCUCAAGAAGUUUGCCGAGGCCCUUGGCGAGAGCCAGGACGAGAGCGAGAACAGCGAAGGUGAGCAACUGGAAGCUCCAGCCGACGCCUUCUUGACAGGGAAGGCCGUUCGCUCUGAGAUCAAGCUCAAGGACCUCAACCAAGAAGACCGGGCCAAGUUCGACGAGGCAAUGGCCAAGGAAUGGUCAUCGUGGCAGAAGUUCGGUGCUGUGGAGACCUUGACGCCGCAGCAAAUCGCCGAGCUACCCCCGAGCACGAAGAUUGUGGGCACAAGGUGGGUUCACACGGACAAGAACCAGAAGCCCCGCUUGCUCGCUGGGCACAUCGCCAAGAAGACGGGCAAGUCCAAGAGCCAGCUUGAGAAGGAGUACCCCUUCAUGCCGAAGAGCCGGCUCGUUGUUCAAGGAUGCCGGGAGGAAGACCCUGGUUCCAUCAGGUCUGAUUCUCCUACGGCUUCCCUGCUCGCCUUCAACCUCCUCUGCGCCAUCACUGUCAUGCAAAAGUGGGUUAUUGCCGCCAGUGAUGCCUCUACGGCCUAUUUGCAGUCGCAGGGCAUCAACAGGAUCGAGGCGGCCCUCUUCUUUUUGUUUGACGCUGGCAGCCUUGUCGGCAUCUGCCUGAGCCACGUCGACGACCUGCUUAGCGCAGGCGAGGGCGAAAAGUACGAGGAGUCCUUGUCCAAGUUGGAGACCGAGCUGCACCUCAAGGUGCAACGUGGCAAGUUUCGGUUCUGUGGCAAGAACUUGGUGCAAAAGGGGCAGGACAUCGAAGUGGACCAGUUCGAUGCCAUUGAGGGCGUCGACUACAUGCUGCUGGAAAGGGGGCGGCGGAAGCAGCCCAACUCUCCCCUGACCGAGGAAGAGAAGUCGCAGUUUCGCCCCGACCUCAUGGUGAACGUGAGCAUCGCCUCUCAGACCCUCGGGCACCCCUGCGUCAAGGACGUUGUUGACUUGAACAAGGAGUGCCGAGUGGCAUGCUUUGCGGACAGCUCCUGGGCUAACCUGGAUGGGCUGAAGUCUCAAUGCGGAUAUGUGGUGUGCCUGAUCUUGGGCACAAUCCUUGACGGCGCCUCGACCCCCAUCCUCAUCUUGGAGACUUACAGCGGCACCAUCAAACGAGUUUGCAGGAGCACCCUGGCUGCCGAGGCGAACGGAUUCCUUACCGGGGUGGAGAGCGCAGAGUAUCUCAUCGACAUCGACCGCCACUACCUUAAGAAGCGGGUCCUGGCUUUUACCGAUGCCAAGUCCCUGGAGGCCACGCUCAACCGCGACACGGGGCAGCCUCAAGACAAGAGGGUCAGGAUCUUGGUGGCCCAGAUCAAGGAGAUUCUUGGAGAGAACCUCUAUGAUGACGAGGAUGCCAGCGGUUACGCCAUCUGGGUUGACACCUCCCAGAUGCUUGCGGAUGUCCUGACGAAGAUCGGAUGUGAGCGCGAGCCGUUGCUCGAAGCAAUGCGCACGGACAGUGGCGACUUGAGCCCUAUGAAGAGGCUCGACUACGAAAGCUGA